CCCCGGCCUCGCCCCAUCACUCGCAACCCUCUCCACCCGGAAACGGAACCCCUCUAUCCUCGGCCAGCGACAUCGCCUGAAGAAGGAGAAGAUGUUGGAGUUGCGGUUGGUUCAAGGCAGCCUCCUGAAGAAGGUGCUGGAAUCAAUCAGGGAGUUGGUCACCGAUGCCAACUUCGAUUGCUCCGCCACCGGCUUCUCCCUCCAGGCCAUGGACUCCAGCCACGUCGCCCUCGUCGCUCUCCUCCUCCGAUCCGAGGGCUUCGAACACUACCGCUGCGAUCGCAACCUCUCCAUGGGCAUGAACCUCAACAACGUGUCCAAGAUGCUCCGCUGCGCCGGCAACGACGACAUCAUCACCGUCAAGGCCGAUGACGGCAGCGACACCGUCACUUUCAUGUUUGAAAGCCCCAAUCAAGACAAGAUCGCCGAUUUCGAGAUGAAGCUAAUGGACAUCGACAGCGAGCAUCUUGGCAUUCCGGACGCAGAGUACCAAGCUAUUGUUCGGAUGCCGUCUUCAGAAUUUGCAAGGAUAUGCAAGGAUCUGAGCAGCAUUGGGGACACUGUGAUCAUUUCAGUGACCAAGGAAGGUGUGAAGUUUUCGACCGCAGGAGACAUUGGAACUGCAAACAUCGUUUGCAGGCAGAACAAGACUGUGGACAAGCCUGAGGAAGCCACCAUCAUAGAGAUGCAAGAGCCCGUUUCAUUAACCUUUGCUCUGAGGUACUUGAACUCCUUCACCAAGGCAACGCCACUCUCCGAGACUGUGGCCAUCAGUCUCUCGUCUGAUCUGCCUGUGGUGGUCGAGUACAAGAUUGCAGAGAUGGGAUACAUUAGGUUUUACCUGGCACCCAAGAUCGAGGAGGAUGAUGACAUGAAGCCAUGAGCUAACCCCCACUUUUUUGUUAUGAUCAUGAUGUGUUUCAUGUCUGCAGACCAAAGAUUAUUUGGUCUAUUUCUUUUUACUGUAAGCAGUCUAUGAAUGCUCAGAGGCAGAUGGACAAGUUGAUUGCUCUUUCUUUAUAUCUGUAGCUUUUGAUUGAAGAAAGAUUGAGGAUCCAUGCAA